UAUAUAGAGAGCCGGGGUCUGUCUGAAUGCAAGGCAAGAGCAGAGCAUACUUCACGGGACAGCAGAAAAACCUGCCCUGAAGUCACCUAAGAAACUAACAACUAUUGAGUAUUUCAGAGAUCCAGAAAGACUCACUUACGCUCGGGGAAUUUGGAAUUUAAUCACUGCUGAAAUUGUAAUACUUGAAGAUAAAGAAUUAAGUAGGCUAGUACUGCAACAGACCGUACCACGGCAAAAUAUACAGGCACGUUUAAAUGGGCAUUGCACUGGAUUUCUUUCUUUUUAGACUUUGCGCGUAAUUUUCGUCUAUUCUUCCAGGAGAUACCUAUAAAUUGCGUGCACGGAUUUUAGAGGGGAGUGUGCACGGAUUUUACUUGCGUCCACGCAGACACUUGAAUAUUCUUUUUAACUUUUGAGGAUCUGACAGGAAUAUGAUGUCCUUUUUGUGCGUGUCGUUUGGUUUUAUUGCCGUUCUGUGCGUAAGCACGGCGGACAGCGCAUGGGAAGAAAGCACAGUGAUACCGGUUAGACUCGACCCAGUCGGGCAAGAGGGCAAAACCGACCAGUGGCGGACGUUUUCUGUAGAGGAGCGAGAAAAAGUGUCGGAGAUGCGGGUCUAUCGAUUGGACGUAUUUGGCAAACAGAUGGUUUUGGAGCUUGAGCCGGACCAGACCUUCCUCGCCCCGGGGUUUGUGUUCCAUGUUGUGGGUAGCCCUGAGCUGGAGACCCAGCAGGAAUCUGACAGCGCCGCCGAGUCUCGGUGCUUCUAUUCGGGUACAGUCAACGGAGAUGCCCAUUCUGCCGCUGCACUUAACCUGUGCCAGGGACUAAGAGGCGGAUUCUACCUUGAAGGGGAAGAAUAUUUCAUCCAGCCCCAAAACUUCAGCGACGCGCUCUCCGCCGAAGAGGACCUCCACACCAUCCGCCGGAGGGGCAGGGCAUCUUUAGCCGAGGAAGGUAGCACGAAGUGUGGGGUCAACGAGGACGAAGACAGGGUGACAGAGAACCUCGAGAAGAAAGUCAAACCCGAUUCCACUACCUCAGAAGAGAAAGCCCACCACAGGUCCAGGCGUUUCGUGUCGACACCUCGCUUCCUGGAGAUCAUGUUGGUGGCCGACCAGUCCAUGGCGGAGUUCCACGGCGCAGGCCUCAAGCCCUACCUGCUGACCAUCAUGGCGGUGGCCUCGCGCCUCUACCGCCACCCCACCAUCCAUAACUCCAUCAGCCUGGCCGUGGUGAAGCUGCUGGUGGUGUACGAGGAGGAGCACGGCCCCCAGGUGUCCUCCAACGCCGCCCUCACCCUCAGGAACUUCUGCCAGUGGCAGCGGCAGCACAACCCGCCCAGCGACCGCCACCCGGAGCACUACGACACGGCGGUGCUCUUCACCAGAACGGACCUGUGCGGCGCCCACUCCUGUGACACGCUGGGCAUGGCGGACGUCGGCACGGUGUGCGACCCGGACAGGAGCUGUUCCAUCAUCGAGGACGACGGCCUUCAGGCGGCGUUCACCGUGGCCCACGAGCUGGGCCAUGUGUUUAACAUGCCCCAUGACAACGCCAAGCAGUGCGCCAGCGUCAACGGCGACCACUGGGGCUCCCACAUGAUGGCGUCCACCCUGUCCAACCUGGACCAGCAGCAGCCCUGGUCCCCAUGCUCCGCCCUCAUGGUCACCUCCUUCCUGGACAAUGGCCAUGGCCAGUGCCUGUUGGACAAGCCCCACAAGCCCCAGGUGCUGCCUCAAGCGCUGCCGGGCACGGUCUACGAUGCCGACCGCCAGUGCCGUCUCACCUUCGGCGAGGAGUCGCAGCACUGCCCGGAUCUGAGCACCACAUGCUCGGCCCUCUGGUGCACGGUCACCACCUCCAACGGGCUGCUGGUGUGUCAGACCAAGAACUUCCCCUGGGCUGACGGGACGCCAUGCGGCCACGAGAACUUCUGCCUAGCGGGCCAGUGUCUGACCAAGAGCCAGGCGGCACGCCAUCAGACGCCGGUGAAUGGAGGUUGGGGUGUGUGGGGUACGUGGGGAGACUGCUCCAGGACCUGCGGUGGGGGGGUGCAGUACUCCUUCAGGGACUGUGACAACCCUCUGCCCAAAAAUGGCGGCAAAUACUGCGAAGGCAAGAGGAUCCAGUACCGCUCUUGCAACACAGAGAUCUGCCCAGAUAGCACCGGUCUGUCGUUCCGUGAGGAGCAGUGUCUGGCCCACAACGACAUCUCAUCCCAGGUGACGUUCGGUUCCGGGGACGGGGUGGAGUGGGUGCCCAAAUAUGCUGGUGUCUCUCCUAAAGACCGCUGCAAGCUGAUGUGCCGGGCCAAGGGCACAGGCUACUUCUCCAUCCUGAAACCUAAGGUGGCCGAUGGCACACCCUGCAGUCCCGACUCCACCUCGGUGUGUGUGCAGGGCCAGUGCGUGAAGGCUGGCUGCGACCGCGUCAUCGGCUCCAGCCGGCGCUUCGACAAGUGCGGUGUGUGUGGAGGGGACGGCUCCACCUGCAAGAAGGUGUCCGGUUCUCUAGAGCGCUCCAGGCCCGGUUACCAGGAUGUUGUCACCAUACCCGCCGGCGCCACCCACCUGGACGUGAAGCAGCGCGCCCCCGGUGGCGGUCGCCACGACAACAGCUACCUGGCCGUGCGUCGCCUAGACGGCACGUACCUGCUGAACGGCGACUACAAGCUGACCACGCUGGAGACGGACAUCGCCCUGCGGGGGGCGCACCUGCGCUACAGCGGCUCGGCCGUCACGCUGGAGCGCCUGCGGAGCUUUGCGCCGCUGCCCGAGCCAAUCACCAUCCAGGUGCUGUCGGUGGGCGACUCCCCGCGACCGCGCGUCAAAUACAGCUACUUUGCCCCCCGGCCGGCCCCCGCCUCGCCCACCAACGGCGGCCGUCGCCAUUCCAUCAACGCCAUCCGCGAGCUGGUGGGGGCGGAGUGGACCCUGAGGGAGUGGGGGCCCUGCUCGCAGAGCUGCGGGGGCGGGAGCCAGCAGAGGGAGGUGCUCUGUCUGGACCCCCAGGGCCGCUCAUCGGGGGAGUGUCCCGAGGAGCUCCGGCCCCUGCCCUCUCGCCCCUGCAGCCACAACCCCUGCCCUCACUGGCUGCCGGGCGACUGGUCGGCGUGCUCCAAGAGCUGCGGCCGCGGCUUCCGCAAGCGCCCGCUGCGCUGCGUGGGUCCGGACGGUCGCACGUUGACGCACGAGAGCUGCGACCCCAAAGACAGGCCGCGGCCCCUGCUGGACUUGUGCAACCAGGGAGCCUGCUGAAACAGGAAGGAACUGCUGGGACUCGUGUUCACAACCCCCUCCUCCCUCCUCUCCGUCACCUGAAGCCCAGCUACCAAGAUGUCUGAACUCCCGUCGUCCCUCGCUGUUGACCCGUUCUGCAGCGGCCAGUCUGAACCGACCGACAGGCCUAUCGGGAGAAUGUUUACGUCCUGCGCAGAGAGGAGCAGGUCGCCUGGGGGUCUGACGCCUCCACAGUGAGACUGCCAAGAGAUGCUCCUGCCCUCACUGCCGCCACCUAGAGGACAGACCAAGUAUUUCGGUCCGCCUUGGCUCUUCCACCUCACAACGCCACAGACUUGUUGCAGCUGCCUACCCUGGGCACCCGGGGGGGGCACGACACUGGCACACUGUGCCCCCCUCCCACCCACACCCCCACCCGCCCUUCCCAGUUGGAAUAACUGAGGUGGAGAAAGAAUAGACUGACUCUUCUUUCUUUCUAUUUUGUCUAAAUGCAUGCUGCUUUACAUGCUCACAUCAUGCUUGUGUGUUGUUUAUGUCUGAGUGUAUUAUUUGUGUGUGUGUGUGUGUGUGUGCUGUUUGUCCUAGCUGGACUGGACAGACGUUUUGAGAGGAGAGGAGGUAGUAUGGAGAUGAUGUAGGUGUAUGAAAUUGUUUUGGUGAUUAAGAUGUAGGAGAUUGGAAAUAAUGGAUGGUCUCACAGCCACACAUUGAGCUUAAAUGGAACUCCCUGAUCCCCAUAUCACAUCGGUUAACGUCACACCACCCGGCAUCCUUAUAUUGGCUUGCGCUGCUACUCAAACAUUCUUGCCUUUUUUGAGCCACACAUGCUAAAUUCGUGUCAUCGUGCCCCUGUAUAAACACCCGAUGUGAGGGAAUAUAUCAAUUGACCAAAGAAGUGUGAGAGGGUUUGUGUGUAAGGGACAAGUAUGCUGGGUGUGUGCGGGUGGAGAUAUAGUGAGACUUCUCUCCUGCUUCUACUUCAUAAGUAAGUCUCUCCUGCCUUCUGAGAAGGUAUGUUUUUCUAAUGAGUUCCUUUUUUUGUACAGAAUAUCCAGAACAUUAUUUAUUUUUGUACAGCCUGUUAAAUAUAAUCAUGUGGCUUUUUAAUAUUAUUGUAUUUUUAUUUGUUAUUAUUAUUGAAAUAACAGAAGGAUGUAGAUUCUAUAGAGUAUUUAUACAGUAUUAUAUAUGGUCCCUAGGUUCAUGAAUAAAAUAUCGCAUUGACCUGU